CAAGUGGGGCUGGUGCGGCAGCAACGUCUCCUACUGCGGUGACGGAUGCCAAAACGGGCCGUGCUCUGGAGGCACAGGCAGCGGCUCAGCUUCCUUUCGCCGAAUCACCUACUUCCCCAACUGGAGCGGCAUCGACCCCAGCACCAUCCAAGUGAACCACUUCACUCACAUCGUCUAUGCUUUCGCGGCCAUCAGCCCUGUCAACUACACCGUGGUGCCCUCUGAGUGGUGGACAGAUGUCUCUAACGGCCUCUACUCCCGCUUCACCGCAGCCAUAAAGUCCAAGAACCCCGCAGUCAAGCCGAUUCUCUCCAUCGGCGGUGGUGAUGCCGUCAGCGCACCACGAUUCUCUUAUGCCUCAGCUACUCAAGCGCGGCGCACUAAGUUUAUCAACUCGGCGAUUGCUUUAGCCAGGAAGUAUGGUUUUCAGGGGAUUGACAUCGAUUGGGAGACUCCAAAGGGUGUUCCAGCGCGCUUUUCAGCGCUGAUUCAAGAUUUCCGGGCAGCUGUUGAUGCUGAAGCUGCCCGGACAGGUCGGGUGAAGCUCACGCUGUCGGCAGCAGUGCCGGGGUAUACAGGGGAGAUUGAUUCCAGCUUUCAUAUCCCAACGCUGAACAAAGUGCUGGACUGGGUGGGAAUCAUGACAUAUGACAUGCAUGGGGAGUGGGAAGCAGAGACUGGGCAACACACAGCCCUGGAGGACAAGAAAAACCCAUUGGCAAGCAUCAAGGGCUCUGUGCCAGUUUUUAUUGCCAAGGGAUUGUCUAGAAGUAAGCUGGUGCUGGGUCUGGCAUCGUAUGGUCAUGCCUGGACUCUUAAGAAUGCCGGGAAUCACGAGGUUGGGGCACCUGCUAAAGGAGGCCCCACUAUGAGCUACAAGGAGAUAGUCACAUUCAUCGCGAAUGCUUCCUUCCGCCGCAUCACCUACUUCCCCAACUGGAGCGGCAUCGACCCCAGCACCUUCCAAGUGAACCACUUCACUCACAUCGUCUACGCCUUUGCAGCCAUCAGCCCCCUCAACUACACUGUGGUGCCUUAUGAGUGGUGGACGGACAUCUAUCACGGCCUCUACACCCGCUUCACAGCAGCCAUCAAGGCCAAGAACCCAGCAGUCAAGUCAGUUCUCUCCAUCGGCGGUGGCGAUGCUGUCAGCGCACCGCGGUUCGCUUAUGUUUCGGCUACCAAAGCGCGCCGCACAAAGUUCAUCAACUCAGGGAUUGCGUUGGCGAGAAGGUACGGGUUUCAGGGGAUUGACAUCGACUGGGAGCUUCCAAAGGGGAUGCCGGGCCGGUUUUCAGCUUUGAUUUUGGAUUUUCGGGCAGCAAUUGACGCUGAAGCUGCCCGGACACGUCGUGCGAAGCUCACGCUCUCGGCAGCUGUGACAGGGUAUGCGGGGGAGAUUGAUUCCUGCUACCAGAUAUCGACACUUAACAAAGUGCUAGACUGGGUGGGUAUAAUGGCGUAUGAGUUUCACGGGGAGUGGGACGACGUGACUGCGCAGCACACUGCUCUGGAAGACAAGAAAAACCCGCUAUUGAGCAUCAAAGGUGCUGUUGCAGGUUUUAUUGCCAAGGGUUUGUCAAGAAGUAAGCUGGUGCUGGGUCUGGCAUCCUAUGGUCAUGUGUGGACGCUCAAGUCUGCUGCAAGCCAUGGGGUUGGGGCAUCUGCUAAAGGAGGUCCCACUAUGAGCUACAAAGACAUUGUGAAGUUCAUUGCGGGUGGUGCUACAUCUGCAUUUGAUUCGCCAUCCUCGUCGAUGUAUGCUUAUAAAGGGACCAAAUGGGUGGGGUAUGACAAUCCUGACACGAUUUCUAAAAAGGUCAAGUAUGCCAAGCAGCAAUGGCUGGGAGGUUACAUGUUCUGGUCUUUUGAUCACGAUUACAGAUAUAGCUUAGCCAGGGCUGCUGCAACAGUAGCUUCUACCUAG